GAAAUGCCAAAGACAGGGGGUAAAGUACCCACCCGAUCAUAUGGGCAGAUUAUUGAGUUGGAGUUGAUAGAAGAUCUGAAGAAAGUGCACAAACCUAAGAAGCAGUUUGCUUAUCAGAUAGAUGUCACGUGGACUGAUAGUUCCACACGUAGAGUUUACAGGUCCUAUGAUCAGUUGUACGAGCUUUACUGUUCGUUAACUGCUAUCACUAAAGACGGUGGCAUGGUUAAACUUCCUGGUCGCCAAAUAUUCGAGCGCUCAACUACAGAAAGCUUUGCUCUGAAGCACCUUCCUCAUAUAAAGCACUUUGUUGAUUCACUUCUCAGUAUUCCCACUUUCAUGCAGCAGAGUGAUCCGUUCCUUUGGUUUUGGGAGCCAAGUGUGGAUGAUUUGAAGAUAUUUGACAUUGAUAGGACGAUAGAAAAUAACCCUAAAUACCCGCAACCCUCCGCUACUGUGCUGAAAGGAGGAACUGUGAUCGUUAAUGAAGAUGAACAGGAUUACAUUUGUGUGUGUACUGCACUUAAUCUGUUCUCAGGCACUAUGCCACCUGAACAUCAAGAUGAGAAGGGGCUGUCUGUUAAAGAAGGGGAUGUGAUAUAUGUACUGAGAAUGUCAAACUGUCCGUCUGGAUUCUGGCAGGUGAGGAACGUGUUUGGAAGUGAGGGUCUAGUGCCAAUAACCUCACUCCGAGUGGAUCAGGACAUUUUGCAGCGCAAAAAGAGGCGCUCUCAACGAGUCCAGCAACAGAAGCGUCUAGAUAUGAUCAAAUCUGCAGACAACCUAGCUGACAGAUCUAUGAGACUACAGCAGCAAAAACGACUGGAGAUGAUCAAAUCAGCGGGUAAGAAUUCUAAGUUUUGA